AUGUCAGAUUCUGAGGCUGAAAAGCCAGUGCGGGUUAGACACAGAUCAGGGCAACUGAAGUCCUGCCUCUUCUCUUGGCUCAGUGCAUCUCCUUGGAUAACAGGCCCUGAUAACAAGGGGAUCUACAAGGGAGACCGGGAGUCCAGCGGGAAAUACACCUUUGCCGCUCACAUGGACGGGACGUACAAGUUCUGCUUCAGCAACCGGAUGUCCACCAUGACUCCAAAGAUAGUGAUGUUCACUAUCGACAUCGGUGAAGCUCCAAAAGGGCAAGAUAUGGAGACAGAAGGUGGUGGAGAUACCUGGGAUGCUCAUCAGAACAAGCUAGAAGAGAUGAUCAACGAAUUAGCGGUGGCCAUGACAGCCGUCAAGCACGAACAGGAGUACAUGGAAGUGCGCGAAAGGAUACACAGAGCAAUUAACGACAACACGAACAGCCGGGUGGUGCUCUGGUCCUUCUUCGAAGCCCUCGUACUAGUUGCCAUGACACUGGGACAGAUCUACUAUCUGAAGAGGUUUUUUGAAGUCCGGAGAGUGGUUUAAUCAAACAUUUUGAUUUUUCUCUCUCUCUCUCUCCCCUCCUCCUCCUCUCCAGCGAUCCCCAGGUUCUCCAUUCACUGUCUACCAAGCAACUUGGUCGCAAAACUCGCUUAGUUUUAUCCCUGCUUUCUGAACGAUAAAGUCCCUUCUUAGUUUAAUUUUUUUUAAUAAAUAUAUAUAUACAGAUUGGGCGAUACGUGCUGAGAGCUUCUCACUGGAAUUGGCAGUUGUGUCUCUCACCGAGCCGGUGGGAGUUCAACUAAAUUGCGAUGGUAUUUUUUUUUUAAAGCGGCACUGCGGGUUGUCUUUUAAGCUCUCCCUUGGUUCUUUUUACUUUUUGUAACGAAACGCAGUUUUUGUCUAGGGGCGACGGUAGGUCCUGAAAGAAUUGCUUUCGAAACCCUGUGGUAGACUCUUGGCUCCAGUCGAAGGAUUUCCUCCCUGCUUGACGUGGGCAGCCGAGAAAGAAAAGGAAAAACAAAAACAGAAAACUGCAUUCUGACGUACAGGAUCCAGCCAAUGGUUUCAUUUGGGACACGUGUAGUAGGUUUUUGUAAAACCUCCAGUCCUCUUAACUGUAACGACAUUGAUUUGUUCGCCACGUUUCUUUUUAAUUAAAGAGAUGAAGUUGCA